AUGAGAGUACGCCCAACAUUCGUCGUGCAGUCGCUUGCCCACGAUUGGAGCGGCCAAAAACAUCAGAGCCCACGAUUCAUUCGACUGCUGUCCACAAGCCCACUACAAUUCAGCCGACUGCGCGCGCCUCUAGAUAUCCCGCCCCCAUUUCCCGUGACUCAAGCAUGCCCCGAAUCUUCAUGCCACUGUCCGACGCCGCCCAUGCCAGAGGGGUUACCGAUCGAUCAUGAACAAGCGUUGAACGGGACGAUGGCUGCCUAUGCGCAGCAGCUGGUGAUUUGUACUGGCCAAAGAGACUGGACGAGUCGUAUCGAGGAUGACGGAGAGAACACGAGCUGGGGAAGCCUCGUUCGAGGCCUGAAAGGCUUGCUAGGUCGAGGAGGUCCAUAUCUCGACCCCUUCAACAAUAUUCUACUUACAAACACGUCCCUCGCCCCAGCUGCCAACAGCUCCUCCACCGCCUCCGCAUUCCUCUUCCCCGGCUUCAAAUAUAUUCCUUCGAUACCAGUAGAAAUACUCUCAUCACCGGACACCACAGAUCUCACCACCUUCGUACGAGGUUUCCUCCUUCCAGAACGCCUCCACAAAAUGCACUCUUCUCUCCCGGAAACCAAGCGCACAGAAAUGACACGUGCUUCGAACCUGGCAUCAAAGUUCGAAGUCCUCGACAUCAAACACUCGCCAACUGUCCUCAUCUGCGGACAUGGAGGCCGUGACAAGCGCUGCGGCGUCAUGGCCCCUGUGCUUGAAGCAGAGUUCCAGCGGAUCUUACAGUCGCGCGGAUUCAUCUCGGCGGGUCACGCUGGCACUGUUGAUGGACCUGAUCAUGCUAAUAUUGGGUUGAUCAGUCAUAUUGGCGGACACAAAUAUGCUGGUAAUAUCAUUGUCUAUAUCCCGCCAGAGAUGACGGUGGGAGAUCAGGCAGAGCCUCACCCGCUGGCGGGUAAGGGGAUUUGGUAUGGAAGGGUGGAACCUAAGCAUGUGCAUGGUAUUGUGGAGGAGACGAUUCUUGGGGGGAAAGUCGUAAAGGAUCAUUUCCGGGGUGGAAUUGAUCGGGAUGGAGAGAUUCUUAGAUUGUAG